UCCGCAGCCCACUCUCCUGCAUCUCAAAAUUACGAAGAAGGAGAAGGAGAGAGAAAAGAGAGAAUUUCCAUCCAUCAUGCUUCCCUCCAUCGUCCGCACGUUCGUUCCAACUUUGUUCGUGUUAUCGGUAGCCGCUUCUCGCCAUCGUCUUAAAAACGACGAGAGCAAGGAAUCGGAUAAUUCGCUGCGUCCUGACACGGAGACUCCAAACUUAUUGCCUCCUGUCAUUGAGCCACAGAUUCCCGUCUUUUUCCCAGAUGGGAGAGCGACUCGGCUAGACACCAUCACCCUGGAGGGCUUCUCCAUCCCGGUGGUGACCCCGAUUGGCCCCGUCCCGACCUUGCCUGGCAACGUGACCCGUGACCUUUGGGCCGAGGUCGACGGCUUCAGGGAAAGGUCGGACAACAGACUCCCUCAAGUUUAUCCACUGAUGUGCGGCCAGUACGACCUCGAGGCAGGGGAGGAGGUCACACUCCAGAGCCCCUACUUCCCGAGCCAAUACACCACGUUCAGUUGCAGCUGGAUCUUCAAAUCAACCUCUGGAGAAGGAUUCAUGCUGAACUGUCCAGAAUUCAUACUUGGGAGAGGAGACAGGUUAACCACCGUCACACUUAACAACAAGAAAUCCUAUAAAAAGUACGUGUGGGGGAAGGGACCGACUAACCAGGUGUUGGCAGGACCCGCUGUCAAAAUAGUCUUCAGAGCCAACAGGUGGAGUAACACCAAAGGAUUCUCCUGCUCCCUCAAGGACCUCGGAGCAGCAACAACUACUACAGCAACGACUACAACUACAACUGCAUCAACAACAACUGCAGAAGCCGAGGCUCAGACCAAAACCACCACACGCGCCCCUGCAACAACCACUACAGCCGCACUAACCACUACCACCACAGCCGCCCCUACAACAACCACAGCGGCCCCUAACAAAGCCACCACAGCUGCGCCAAUUACAACCACCACAGUUGCACCAACCACAACCACCACAGCACAGCCAACGACUCCACUUCCCCCUCUCUCGUCUCCCGAAUGUGGCCUCGUGAACAGAGCGGCGUCCCGCAUCGUGAAUGGCUUCAUCGCAGACGUCCACGAGUACCCUUGGCAGACUUACCUGGAGAUGCGUUGGUCCGACGGUCAGAAUCAGCUGUGUGGAGGCAGUCUUAUAGCCAAGGAGUGGGUCCUCACCGCCGCCCAUUGUGUUCUCAGGGAGAAGGACAACGAGCUCUGGCUGCCUACAGUGUCGGUCACCCUCGCCAUGCACAGGAGGUCGGCGCCCCUGGCAGAUGGCGGACAGAAGGUCACGGCCGCUGAGGUCAAGAUUUAUCCGGAAAAUAACUUUUCUCAUGACCUCGCUCUUAUCAAGCUUCCGGAACCGGUGGAAUACACAGAGAAAGUGCGCCCAGUGUGUCUCCCGAACAGAGCCAUGCACGGGAGAAACGUCACAGGAGUUAGCAUGGCUCUGAUAGGCUGGGGGAAGACGCAGGCUGGGAGUUUAUCAGAUCAGCUGCGCGAACUCGGAAGGCUGGGUAUCGAAUCCUCGGUGUGCAAAACAGUAUUUGGAACUUACAUAACCGACCACCACUUCUGCACCACCGGAACGGACGUCAAACACAUUUGCUUGGGUGACUCGGGAGGACCUGUGAUGACCGUGGAAAGGUCGAGGUUCUUCCUCACCGGCGUCAUCAGCUUCGUAGCCACCAAGAACUGCGACGGCGAGUACCCGGAUGGACACACCUCCGUCUCACACUUCCUAGACUGGAUCCAAGAAACCACGGGGCACACCAUAUACUAGCGGACGAGAGGUUAUGCGGAUGAUAAAGAGAGAAAGAAAAAGAAAGAAAAAUAGCAAGGGAAGAAAAAGGCACACACGAACGAGGAGAAAUACGCAGAUACGCAUAUACACACACUCACACACAAAUAACACACACAUACCUGUACCGUGGUUAUCGUUAUCUCACCUGUCUUGAUUUUAUGGUAAAUUAAGUAGCAUGACAACUAUCUAGAUACAGAUUUGCAUCGUUUUUUUGUUUGUUUGCUUUUCCUUUUACAUAUUUGUCUUACAUGAGUAAUUAUAAAAGAACAAUACAAAGAUUUUAUAGAUUUUAUGCACUAAAUACUGUUAUAUAUACACGAUGAUUUAACUAAUUAACAAGUAUUCUGUAGCGCCAAUUCUACAAGUGCGGCAAUUAUGCUAGUCUCAUCAAUAGUAAAGCAGUAUAUAAUAAUCUAUCAAUACCGGGUACCUGUAUUAGUCAAUAAAUAAUCCUAUUAAUAGUUUCCAUGGCAUAUAUCAUAAAAGUAAAGUUUAAAGAAGGAUCCUUCGAAUUAAACAUUUCCAAAUCAUAAAUGAGGAAGGCACUGCGAAACCUCAGUCAGUGCCUUACGUGCAGUGUCAUUCUCCUUCGGUAAACAACUCUUAAGCAAAUGCCAGAGCACGUUUUCUGAAAGCUAACUACAUUGCCUCUUUGAGAGCAUGCUUUUUCGAGACAUAUAGGCCAU